AUGGCCAAGUACCUGACCCAGAUUGUGCUGGUGGACAUUCAGGUGGUUGGCAGGGCCUUUGCCCGCACUCUGCGGCAGGAGUUUGCAGCCAACCAAGCUGCGCUGGGGGCCCGAGGGCGCACCCCAGGGUCUCUGUUGGAGACAGCCUCCAGCAUCUCUGGGAUCAGCCUGCAGAUCUUCAAUGUCUCCAAGCUGAACCCAGAGGACAUCCAGAGGAACUACGAGCAUUUAUUUAAGGUGAACGACAAAUCUGUGGGGGGCUCCUUCUACCUGCAGUCCAAGGUGGUGAGAGCCAAGGAGCACCUGGAUGAUGAACUGCGGAUCUAGUCCCA